UUAACGUACUUGUAUCUCAUCUUGUCAUCUAAACAAAUGAAGAAUAAAAUAAUCAAACAAACCUAGUUUUCAAAUUUCGGAAGACAACAACCUUAAUUUAUUCGUAAUUUUCGAACAUUGGUGGAUAGUACUUUUGUGACUGUCGAUUACACCAAUUCUUAGCUUACUCAAAGUUAAAAUAAUGAAAGAUUCCAAGCUAUAGUUUGAUAAAUACGACUUUUAUAAACUCUCUUGAUGUUCAUUCACACCUUAAUUUGUUGUCGGAAGAAAAGAGAAAUAAUUGACGAAUGUUUAAACCAAGAAACUUUCAUCAAUCUCCACAACAAACCAUGUCAGGUCAACCUUUCUCACAACCACAAACCAAUGAUCCCUUUCUCCAUCUCAAAAUCCUCUCAAACGCCGACGGCACAAUCACUCGCCUCCGUGGAGACCCACACACCCCACCUUCACCGAAUCCCAACCUUCCAAUCCCCGUUCUCACCAAAGACAUCCCCAUCAACGCUUCACACAACACCUCCGCAAGAAUAUUCCUACCCCGCAAAGCACUCGAUCCCUCCUCCUCCUCCUCCCAUAAACUCCCUCUUAUUGUUUACUUUCACGGUGGCGGUUUCAUCUUCUUCAGUGCAGCCUCAGAUUUUUUCCACGAUCUUUGCUCCAACCUCGCAAACGACGUUAACUCCAUCGUCGUAUCAAUAGACUACCGUCUCGCUCCUGAACACCGUUUACCCACGGCGUACGAUGAUGCCAUGGAAGCGCUGCACUGGAUCAAAACCAAACCAGACAUUUGGUUGAGAAACUAUGCUGAUUAUUCAAAUUGUUACAUCAUGGGAGGUAGCGCCGGUGCAAAUAUCGCUUAUCACACGGGUCUGCGCGUAGCUGCAGAGAUUAAUCUUAAUCGCAAUUAUAUAAAUCCACUUAAUAUUAGAGGGCUUAUAUUGUCGCAACCAUUUUUCGGUGGGACCAAGAGAGUACCAUCGGAGCUGAGGCUGAUAAACGAUGCCGUUUUGCCGCCGCAUGUGUGCGAUUUGAUGUGGGAACUAUCGUUGCCGAUUGGUGUUGACCGUGAUCAUGAGUAUUGUAAUCCAACGGUUGGUGUUGGGGUUUUAGAUAGGGUGAGGGAGCUUGGUUGGAGGGUGCUGGUGAGUGGGUGUGACGGGGAUCCGUUGAUGGACCAUCAGAUGGUGGUGGCGAGAGUGAUGGAAGAGAAGGGUGUGGUGGUGGUGAGGAGUUUUACGGCAGGGGGUUGUCAUGGGGUUGAGGUUCGUGAUCUCGUCAAGCAAAAGCAAUUGCAUAAUCUAAUCAAAGAUUUCAUUUCUUUUCACCUAUAAAAUUUUAAUGUAACAUUGUAUUUAAUAAUUUUAAAUAAAAAAUAAUUGUGUA